AAACGGCAUACGGGAAAGGUCGGACAGCAGUCAAUUUCUUGCAAAAAAGUUUUUUAUUGAAAUCAUCAAAAAUGCGUGUUGCAAUCGUUCUUUUGGCCAUUAUGGCGCUUAUCUGUGCUAUAUCAUCCGUGGAAGGUGCCAAAUGCGAUAUAAUGUGUACCGCUGACUAUACUCCCGUUUGUGGCGUUCCUCGCAAUGGCCAAGGUAAACCCCGGACUUUUAGCAAUCGGUGCCAAAUCAGCCAGUACAACUGUGCCAACAAAAAAGAUUACAUUUUCCAACGUAAAGGAGAGUGUUAAGGCAAGACUGAAACACUUUAUCAUUCGGCCUGGUCUGCGGAUAGGUUCAGUGGCUUCUUCUAUUAUAUCAUUCAAUUUAUCGACGUAUAAAGUUAAGCACAAUCGAUGCUCUAUUCCUGUUUGAACCAUGGCAAUAAAAUAAACUAUUAACAACCGCAAUGUCUUGUCCGAUAGUUCUAAGAUUUUUUUUAUCCUAUGCCCCUAGCGUAUAU